AUGGAGAAGAGGCUCACCGUUGCGCUCUUGCUCACCUUCCUGACUUUCUUCUCAGAGGCCUCCCCAAUUGUGACGGAAAAGCAGGCCAAACAGCUCCUAAGAUCCCGGCGGCAGGACCAGCCACCGAGCAAACCUGGGUUCCCCGAUGAGCCAAUGCGGGAGUACAUGCACCAUCUGCUCCGCCUGGAACAGCGUGCUGAGGAGCAGUCCCUGGAGCACUGGCUGAAUCCACACUGCAAGCCCCACUGCGACAGGAACGUGGUCCACCCCGUGUGA